AUGAAGAAAGAUGACGACGAUAUAGUGAUCGUUUCGGCGUUAAGGACUCCUAUGUGUCGUUCGCGCAAGGGGGGACUCGCAAAUGUACUUCCCUCGACUUUAUUCCAGACGGUCUUGGAAGCGACACUUCAAGCAACGCAGCUCCCUCCUCGUGACGUGGAAGACAUUGUCGUGGGAAAUGUUCUCAUGCCCCCCUCCGGAUUUGCUGCCCUCCGCAUGGCUCAAAUUAUUUCGGGGAUUCCCGAAACGACGUCCUUGCAAACGGUCAACCGACAGUGUGCUUCCGGACUACAAGCUGUUGCCAAUGUUGCAAACAGCAUCGCUGCUAACGAGAUUCAGAUCGGUAUCGGUGCCGGGGUCGAGAGCAUGAGCCUAUAUCCGAUGAAUACAAUCAAACCGCCGCAAGUGGACUGGGAAACAAUGCAGACUUCCCGAACAGCCAUGGAUUGUCUUUUGCCGAUGGGAAUUACCAGUGAAACCAUCGUUCGAAAAUAUGGUCUGAAACGGGAAGAUUUGGAUGCUUUCGCGGUAACGUCGCAUAAGAAGGCUUCGGCAGCCCAACGAUCCGGAAAAUUCUCUGCUGAGAUUGUGCCUGUCGGUGACAUAUCACAGGAUGACGGCAUUCGCCCUGAUGCCGAUUCAGCAACCUUGGCUCGUCUCAAACCUGCCUUUUCCAAAAGCGGUGUUACGACAGCAGGAAACUCUUCUCAAACUACGGACGGUGCCGCAGCAGUCGUACUUAUGAAACGAAAGGAAGCGCAGCGACGCGGAUUGAAAAUCAUGGGUGUCUGGCGCGGCUAUGCGACAGCCGGAGUACCGCCACAAAUUAUGGGCAUUGGACCAGCCGUCGCCAUUCCGAAAGUUUUGGAAUUGACUGGGUUGUCCAAAAGUGAUAUUGACCUGUUUGAGAUCAACGAAGCCUUCGCGUCUCAGGCCACUUGGUGCGUGGACGAGUUGGGUUUGGAUUGGGACAAAGUCAAUCCCAAUGGCGGUGCUAUUGCCCUCGGGCACCCCUUGGGCUGUACCGGAGCGAGAAUGGUCGCCACGCUCUUGCACGAACUUCACCGCCGCAAGCGAAGAUAUGGUGUCAUAAGCAUGUGCAUCGGCACCGGGAUGGGGGCAGCCGCCAUAAUUGAAGCUGAACCAAGUUCUAGUCUGUAA